AUGAUUCGUGGUGGUAUGGUUGGUCUUGCUACUCCACGCAUCGUACAUGGUUGCACAACUCGAAAUGAAUCGAAUGGUAGUGUCUAUGUACGGAUCUUGUACGAACCAAUACGAGGUCAAGAAGGAGACAUACAUGAAAGGCGUGUUGAAUUUCAACUAGCAAAAGGUCGCCAGACACACAUUGAAGAAGAAGAAUUCGACAUGGGUUCAUAUCAAAUACGUGAAGCGAUUCGAACGGUUGAAGUAACUCGAGCGAAUGGACAAAUACAAGAGAUCAAUGCUCCUUUUGACAAUGUCAACGCUAUUGAACUCGAUUGGCUGUUUAUUAUUGAAGACAGAAAUAUUAGGUCGCUCGAACGGAGUAGCCGAUGA